UAUUUCCGUCUGCAGACCCCCGAUCAGAGGCGCGGGGGGGGAGGGGGGGGAGGAGAAGUCGUUCGGGUGCUUUGACCGGACAUCGUGGCGUGGGGAUGAUAUACAAUAACAACACGGCCACGAUGCAUCCAUAGCGGAAUGAUGUGACGUGUCUCCGACAGGGGGAGACCAGAGACACCGUCACCACCGCGCGCCUCCAUCUCCCUUUGUUCACCGAGGAGGGGAUGACCAGGGAUGACAUGAUGGCGGAGGUAGAGGCAGCGCCCCCCUGCCGGGACCAUCAGCCCCCAUUCCCCUACGAGGAGUACGAGUGCAAGAUCUGCUACAACUACUUCGACCUGGACCGCCGCGCGCCCAAGCUGCUGGAGUGCGUGCACACCUUCUGCGAGCAGUGUCUCACCGCGCUGCACCUGCGCGAAGAGCGGCCGUGGCGCGUCAGCUGCCCGGUGUGCCGCCACCGGACGCCCGUGCCGGACUACCGCAUCCAGAACCUGCCCAACAACACCAAGGUGACAGAGGACUUCCCGCUCUACAUGGACUCGGACCCCCUGCCGCAGGACGCCUUGCCGCUCUACCCGCCCCCGCUGCACCCGGCCCUGGUGGCGCUGCGGCGGGAGGAGGAGGUGUCCGGCGGUGGCCAGGCCACCCCCUCCUCCACCACCACCUCCGACCCCGUGUCAACUGCCACCACCCUCUCGCGGGACUCGGUGCGAGACUACGACAGCUGCCAGAGCUGUAAGCGCGUGGCGCUGACCACGGGCUGCGUGUGCGUCGUCUUCUCCUUCCUGUCCAUGCUCGUGCUGCUCUUCAUGGGCCUGAUCUUCGUGCACAGCCACGGCAGCCCCCCCUCCCCGGCCGGGCCCAUCUGCCUGUCCGUGGCCAGCAUCCUCGCCAUGUUCUCCGUGGUGGUCACGUGGCUCAUAUGCUGGCUCAAAUACAGACCCGCCGAGCACGAGACGGGGGGGCGCGCGACCGCCACCAACAGCUCCCGGAGGAAUGCCUGAUCCGCAGCUAUAGGGUCUGGACCGAGAACGGCCCCUUUAUUUUUCUGUGUGUGUGUGUGUGUGUGUGUGUGUGUGUGUGUGUGUGUGUGUGUGUGUGUGUGUGUGUGUGUGUGUGUGUGUGUGUGUGUGUGUGUGUGUGUGUGUGUGUGUGUGUGUGUGUGUGUUCCUUUACCCUUUUCUAGGAACCUAUAUAUCUAACAAAGAUUGCCUUUCAAUGAUAUCAAAACACCCCAGGGCCUUGUGAUGUGAGCACUGGGCUCCCUGUAGUGAGGGAUUCAGACUGUUUUUUGGUCAAGCACUGAACUGUGGUGGAUGGCUUGAUGAAGAAGAGAAGUGCUUAUUUGAGUGUGACCAAAACCUCUCCUGGAAGAUAUUGCAUAUUCCGUACCGCUCACUGUAUAUGAUAUUGUCGUUCACUCUUCUAGCUUUCACCUACAUAAUAGAGCUGCAAAUGAUAACACAUUCUCUAUGAAGAAGCUGGAUUUAGUUUGGCUUUCAUUGUUAAACAUUAUGGGAUCCACCAUCUUAACUGUAAAUACUCAUGGGUACAGACAGUCCCUCGGGUCAAACACUCCUCUGAUCUCUAUGCUCUCCUGUUCUCAUCAGUGUCCUUGGUGAGGAACCAGUUCAGGUCCAUUGCAGGCUGUGUUUGAUCCCACCCAUAGGGUCAUGGGUUUUGCAUGCAUACACCGAGUACAGGCGGGAGACAGUUGGACAGUUUGCUGAGUCUCUCCGCCUGUGUGCCUCUCCCCGUUGUUAAUCUCCAAAGUGACCUGCGGCCACCACCUAAUCCAUCUUCCAAUGACAUGCUCAAUUCAAUCAGUCUACCUACCAAUCAAAUGCUCAAUCCAAUCAGUCUGCAGAAUAAUGACAUGCUCCAUUCAAUCACCCAAUCAGUCUGCCGACCAAUGAAAUGCUCAAUCUAAUCAAUCAAUCAAUGCACUGGCCACUGGAAAUGGUCAAUCAGGCCGUGUCACAUGAUAUUGUGAUUGUUGAGAAACUGUUCUUCACUCAGAGAGGACCGGACAGGCAGUCAGAGAGGACCAAACAGGCUGUCAGAGGGGACCAGACAGGCGGUCAGAGAGGACCAGACAGGCGGUCAGAGAGGACCAGACAGGUGGUCAGAGAGGACCAGACAGGCGGUCUGAGGGGACCAGAGGUGGUCAGAGAGGACCAGACAGGCGGUCAGAGAGGACCAGACAGGCAGUCAGAGGGGACCAGACAGGCGGUCAGAGGGGAUCAGACAGGUGUUCAGAGACGUAGCAGACAGGGUAUUCUCAGCCUUCCAUCUCUGGGUUUAUUUAUUUAUAUCCGGAGAAAAUUUAUUAUUUUUACUGUAAUCCUUAUUAUCAUUGUUGAAAUUGUUGCCGUUUUAUUUAUUUUUUAAUCUAUUUUCAGGGUUUUGGAAACCAAGGUUUGUAAGGGAGGCUGAGCUCAGUAUUUACGAUAUUGGCGAGGAGUGUUUUAAAAGCCAAAGAGAGAUUUAGAAAUACACCAAAACACUUCCUCCACGGGGUCAGAGACGUCACAGUCCUCUGUAAUGUCUCCUCCUUCACGGUGACAGAGACGUCACGGUCCUCUGUAAUGUCUCCUCCUUCACAGUGUCAGAGACGUCACAGUCCUCUGUAAUGUCUCCUCUUCCACGGUGUCAGAGACGCCACAGUCCUCUGUACAGAUGACGGACCCUACAGCAGACGGACGCUCUCUCAGAGUGUCAGGACUCAGACCGUUGGCCUACAUGUACUUCCUGGUUCAAUAACGUGUGUUUCUGUCACAGCACGUAUUGCAUAUUUUGCCAGAUUGACCUUAAUGCCUGCUUAAAACCUUUUAUUUAACGUAAUGCACUUUCAGUCUGUUAUUUGCCACAAGUUAAAGAGUGUAUUUUGAGAAAAACCCAUGUAAGCUUAUUGCAUUUAUUUAAGAGGACCUAUAGAACAUGUUGUAUGGGAAUUUCUGGUGGUUGUUGUUAUGGUUGUUACGGUACAAAUAUGUAUUUGCACAGAGAAAUUAUCCUUAUGUGAUGUUUUAAAUACAUUAACUCAUUUCAGUAAUAAAGAAAAGCUGAAUAGCCAUUGAGUUGAUUUUGAUUUCAUUCAGGAGGCAGUUUCUUAUUCCAAUAGUAAACUGCUCCGGCGCGCCAUCUUCUGGCGCUCAGGAGGCACGCACACACAGAAAGAAUGUGGGCUCCUCAGGCCUGACUAGAAGUUCGUUUUU